GUCAGUUUUACCUUUUCCGUGGAACCCAAAGCUCAGUGAAAAAUGAAGUAUCUUCUUCUUGCCCUCAUUUUGCCAGCCCUUGCUUAUGCCGGGCGGGUAACCCACUACCCAUGCACCAAUGGCUAUCCCGAUGGUAGUCCUUCUGUUCCUAACUGGGUUGAAGUUGAGGGAUGUGAUGAAUCCGAGUGUACAAUUCCACAUGGUGGUACAUUGAACUUGAGAGCUGCUUAUACCCCAACCACUAGUCACGAGAACCUGGAAUUCUUCGUGCGUGUCUCCUUGCAGGGAAUACCACUCCCGAUUGAGCAGCCACCUGGUUUGGCAGAUGCUUGCCCACACAUUCAGGGUGGAUGUCCUAUUGUUGCCGGACAAGGCGAGACCAUUAGCGAAAUAGAUAUAUUAGUGGACUUCCCAUCAGUUCCUAUUGCUGUAACAGUUCUCGCUGGGGUCAGUCUCCGUGAUCUUGAUACUGGUGAAACAGUGGUGUGCGGAGCUGUUGAGGUUACCAUUGCAUAAUCUGAAAAAGUAAUUUGUGGUAGAAUCAGACAAGUUUUCAAGCACAUAUCACAAUAAACCUCAGACAACGCUGGAGAUUGCCUUUACAGAUGAGUUUUCCGCGAAAAUUCAUUUUAUCUUGGUUAAAAUAAAACACAAUAUUGGAAA